AUGCAUACGAAGACCGGCCUCACUGUGACUGGAGCUGGCCGAAUCCAUCUCUCCGAGUGUACACUGAGUGUCACGGGAGUCUUUCCGGUGAUCUGGUACCUGCUGGGCCCAAAGUCCCACCUGGACCCUCUGGGACCGUUUGUUGAAAGCGACGACGACGAGGAACUUCUCUUCAACAUCCCGUUUACUGGCAACGUGAAAUUAAAAGGAGUAAUUGUGAUGGGAGAAGACAACGGUACGCAUCCAGCAGAGAUGAGACUGUUCAGGAACAUUCCUCACAUGUCCUUUGAUGAUGCAGCCAGGGAGCCAGAGCAGACGUUCAGCCUGAACCGGGAUCCAACGGGCGAGCUGGAGUACCCCACCAAAAUUGCCCGUUUCUCUAAUGUUUACCACCUCUCCAUCCACUUUCCGAAGAACUUUGGAGCGGAGACAACAAAGAUUUUUUAUAUAGGCCUGAAAGGAGAGUGGACAGAGGCUCAUCGCCAUGAAGUCACCAUCUGCAAUUAUGAAGCAUCAGCAAACCCAGCUGAUCACAAGCUGGAACAAAUCACCCCACAGACUCACUUCAUCUCCUAA